AUGGCAGAUCUAUCCAUCAGAAAAGUAGCCGUGAUCGGCUCUGGGAUCAGUGGUGUUGUCGCUGCAGCGCAUUUACUCUCGGAAGGACUAGAUGUCACGGUCUUUGAAAGAAACAAGGCAGCUGGCGGGGUGUGGCUUUACGAUGAACGUCCGCCCAUAGAACCAGUAUAUCCGUCUACGAAACCAUCGCAAGGAGAGCUACCUGGAAACGACGAACGAGCGACGGAUAAAAAUGACUUGAAACAUGCACCGCCAGGACCGUGUUAUGUAGGUCUCAGGAAUAAUGUCUCGACCCCGCUUUUGAGAACGACACUCAACGCAUGGCCAGAGGGAACUCCGGAUAUCGUGGACCAUGGAGUGAUAAAGGAUUAUAUCCAGAAUACGUCGAUAAAGACCGGGGUUAGCGGUGUGACUCGGUUGGGGGCUCGAGUGGUGGAUGUUCAGAAAGAAGAGACAACGUGGAAAGUGACAUGGUCGGUUCUUCGUGGAGACGCUGAGAAAGGUGAUGUUGAAGAAGAACUGUCUGAAUAUUUCGAUGCGGUUGUCGUUGCCUCUGGUCAUUAUCAUGCCCCUCGAGUGCCAGAUCUACCGGGCCUGUCUGGCCUAAAGGCCAGAUGGCCAUCUAGAGUCCUACACUCAAAAUCUUACAGACGGCCGGAUGAAUUUGCGGGCAAGAAUGUUCUUCUCAUCGGCGGUGGUGUAUCCUCGACGGACAUUGCGCGCGAACUUGGACCCUUGACAAAGAGUAUUUACCAGAGUACGCGCGACGGCCCUUUUGACUUGGGAGCAAGUGUUCUACCUGAGAACGCCGCCAGAAUAAGCGAGAUCUCGUCAUUCGAAGUAACAGAAGACGACGCACCCACUGAACUGUCUAGUGACAAGCCUCUUCCGGUGACAAUACAUCUAAAAAACACGGAUCAGACGAUACGUGAUAUUCACCAAAUCUUCAUAUGCACUGGAUAUCAUAUCACCCUCCCUUUCCUGGAAAGAUUUCACGAGGACGAAACUCUAUCCGACAAUGCCAGUGACACUGUUCUCGUCACAGACGGUAAUCAGGUCCAUAACCUGCACAAGGAUAUUUUCUACAUCCCCGACCCGACUUUGGCAUUUAUUGGUGUCCCUUACUAUACGGCUACCUUUACAUUAUUUGAGUUUCAAGCGAUCGUACUAGCAGCAGUGUUUUCAGGAAUCAUUAAGCUUCCGUCUCGAACGAGCAUGACAGACGAGUACAAAGAGCGCGUUCGGAUAAAGGGAAGUGGAAGGGGCUUCCACUCAUUGAAGGACCAUGAGGAAGUCUAUGUUCAAGAUAUCUUGGAUUGGACAAAUUCUGGCAGGAGAAAUUUUGGCUUGCCGCUGAUCCAGGGACAUACAGACACUUGGAUCGAGGCUAAAGAACAGCAGAGAGAGCGACUGAAGGUCUUAUUUGGGAGAGCUUAG